UGCGUUCGAUUCAGUCAGUCGCUAACGGUAUCCUUGUAGUGGUUGUCGUCUUUAUUUGCGCAAAAUAAACACGAAUACAAUAAAGAUUAUCGCGAAAUAUCUAUCUUUCCUACAAUCGCUAUCUUAUCAGGCAUUGUAAAGGAUAAAUCGAUCAUGUUCAAUCUCCAAUGUGCCUUAGUUGAGUCUGUGUUAUGAUGUGCUACUUAGCUUAAUUAUUUAACAUUUAUCGUUAUUUACUGUUGAUUUUUUGAGUGAAAAUGCCGUCUAGACAGAGAGAAACUGCUGUUUCCAUGCCGCUGACACCAUCGCGGUCCGAUUUGUAUUGGCGCAGAAUUUUUGAAAAGUACGACAAAGAUAAAGAUGGACGAAUCUCCUACGUGGAGCUCAAAGAAAUCAUCAACUCAGUGGAGUACCAACAUGACCUGCCUGACAAUGUGGUGGACAAGAUCAUGGAUCUGGCCGACAGAGACAACUCAGGGUACCUGGACUUCAACGAAUUCGUCGCCAUGAUGCAGAACCCAGACUUGAAAGCAGUAUUUGGACACUUUGUAGCGAGAUAUGUGCACUCUAUCAUACCGCACCGAGGGCCAGUAGAUACUACAGGAACGUGGACAGGUUUCCGGCCAGUUACCAGAAGUGAUGGCGCCCAUAGCUCGUCAUGCUUUGUAUACGCAGACGGGACUUAUGAAGAGGAGUACAGCUGCUGGCCGCCCGCCGUCUGCAUGAUCUUCAUCUCCUUGGUGGAGAUCAUCCUGUUCUGUUACGAUGCUGCCCACGGACACACGCAAGGCGAUGGAACUAUCGGUCAGCUGUUCAUCUACAAUCCACACAAGAGGCAGGAGGCGUGGAGGUUUAUUACCUACAUGUUGGUCCAUGUUGGCGUGGUCCACCUCCUAGUCAAUCUUCUGGUGCAGCUGUUCCUCGGAGUCCCACUGGAGAUGGUCCAUCGAUGGUGGCGAGUGGUGCUGGUGUACCUGGCAGGCGUGGCUGCAGGGUCUUUGGCGACCAGCCUAACAGACCCCAAGGUCUAUCUGGCUGGAGCCUCAGGAGGCGUGUAUGCGCUAAUUGCAGCUCAUAUCGCUACUAUUAUUAUGAACUGGUCAGAGAUGGAGUUCGCCAUCAUCCAGCUGCUGGUGUUCGUGCUACUGGCUGCGGUGGACAUCGGCACCGCCGUGUACGACCGGUACUGGCGGCACGUCAACCAGAACAUUGGCUACGUCGCACAUUUAGCCGGAGCUGUUGCCGGUCUUCUAGUAGGUAUCGGAGUUCUUCGUAAUCUUGAAAAGAGGAAAUGGGAGAAGCGUCUCUGGUGGGCGGCGGUGGUGAUCUACUGUUCGCUAAUGGCCGCUGGUAUUCUAGCCAACAUCUUCUGGACUGAACGGUUCCAGAAGAGCCAUUAAAUACUAAUCUAAGUCUGAACCUAUCUGUAGGUACCUGAUUUUUACCGCAGGCUUCUUUUUGAGAACAUUUUUAGGUAAACAAUAGGCUUUUGAGAGUUGAGACGCUUAUAAUGUCUAUGGAUAAAAGAAGCAGAGUAGAAAGUCCCCAAUUUUUUCGUUGGCAACUUUGGACUUGGAUCAAGUCGAGUCACUUUCGAACCUGUUUAAGUAGAUUUUCUAUAGCCACUCGUAACAAUAUAAUGACAAUUACAUGAUAAAUUGAUCCUUGCAAAUAGAGGUGAGAGAUCAACUGUAAAAAAAAACCGUUGUCUUAAUCAGGUCGUUUUCGCACAAAACUGGAUAUAGGCCUUUCCAAUACCACGCUAAAAUUAAUAUCUUUUCCUGCAUUAAAGCCUAAAACAAACAAAAAUAUUAAUGUCGGGACAGCCAUUUUGAAUUUGCUCUCUUUUCUAUAACCCAACAUACAACAUAUAAAUGAAAUACGUUUUUUACAACUUUUGCAUGUAACACCUAUCAUAGGAAUUAAAACAUAAUUGGUAAAACAAAAUUAGUUACAUUCUGUGCACUUAUCCUCUUUGGAGAUUGAAAGGCAUUAAGUAAUGUUAUUUGCAUGAAAAAGAAAUGGGAUAGGGUUGCCAUUUACGUGUUUUUAAUGUAACAAAAAUUUGUGUGGCUUAUAGGAUUAUAGAUGUUCCGAGCUUUCUUCUUAAAUAUAAAUAUUAGAUAGGUAUUGUAAAUUUGAGCUUAAAUGCCCCAUGUAUUUUAGCAUAAUAUACUGAACAAGUAAUGUUAUUUUAUUAGUGUUUAUAAAGCCAUUUUGUGGUUUUAACUUCUCGUAUAUAAGAUCAAGAAGCCGGUAUAUAAGACAGCAAUAGAAAACACAUUGUGUCUCGCGUGGAUCCGCGUGUCACACGAAGGGUUAAUAUUUCAUGGUAUUGCGACAAAAACGACGUGUUAUUGACGCUACGAUUGUAUUAAUGAAACAUUUUGUAUUUAAAUUUAAAACGACUAAGCAACUGAAUUUUUGUGAACAAUUUUUAGUAUUCGAUAAAAGUAUUAAAAUUAACUUAUAAGAUUUUCAAAAUUGACAAUUGUUUUUUACGAUUUUUGAAGCCGCACGUUCGAAUAAAUUUUGAAAUGUCUAUUUUGACAGCUUAGAAACGGAUAGCUUGUAUUUUAAUAGCAUGCGCGUACGCACAAUGCCUUAUUAAAAAUUAUACAUAUACUUAAAUGUAUUUUUAUACAUAUUUUUCUCCUUACACAGCAUAUACUAGUACAAUAUUGUAGGAAAUAUUACGAGUACGUGUAAAAAAUGUAAUUAGAUCGUCUAGUGCUAUGAAGUGACAUUUUAUGUGAAAGAAAUGGCGUUAUACUACAAUAAUAGCGCUAACCCUUUCUCACAUUAUAAUAUAACUAUGUACUUGCUUUCGGCAUCCGACUUCACCCGCCUGGAAUUAAAAAGAUACAUUUUUACAAUCUUUUUAAAUAUUAAUGUUCAUCACUGACGGGCGAAGCCUCAUGCGGAAAGCUAGUAUUAAAUUAGUAUUGUGUAGCUGCCUGUGCCGUCCUGCCCGUUGCCAUGGAAACGAAGCUAGGAAUGUAAAUAAUUGUACCUAAUAAUAGAAAUAAUGCUUGUUUUAUUUUAAAAUACUAUGGUUAGCUAUUUUCUUCAAUGGUGCAUGCAAAAGUGUGGCAUGUUGGCGGCAAUUUCAACGGCUUCUAUAUAAAAAGGAACGUAAUUAAAAGUAGGAGCCUGAUAGAAUUUUCUAGAAUGUAUAAGAUAAAGAAAGACAGUAUUUUCUUGAAUAAAAUAUUUUUAUUCAAAUUGACAAGUCAAUUGCCUAUUUUAAGUAAAGAUUUCAGCAUAAACACAAUGUACGCAGUACACACGCAUUCAGCACAAAGAAAUAUUUUUAAUCUGUGGUCUGUAGUUGGCGGGAAAACGUGAAAAGGAAAUGUCACGUGCCUUAUUUUAUGAAUGAAAAGAAAAUGUAAAUAAUAACUACUUUUUAUGCAUUUACUGUCGAGUUUUUUACUAUAUUUUUAUACACAGGUGUAAGUAAUACUUUUGUCUAUAUUUCCUGUACGUUGGUCGUCUGGUGUUGUUUAUUGUUUUAGUAUUAAAUAAAUUCUAGUUAAACUAUUAGCUGCUAGUUGUCCUGUAAUUUCGCCAUUAAAUUGUAUUAUUUAUGUUUGUUAUGUUAUGUACAGUGAUGUGUGAUCGUGAUAAUAUGUAUUGUAUUUACUCUUGAUUUGAAAUACGUGAUGGUUUUUAUACAACUUUUAGUUAAAAAAUCCAAAAUUUCUAGGCUAUAGAUCAGUACCCCAUGCCCUAUAUUAUUUCUACCAGUGGCUCUAGUAGAAAUAGUGUUUUACAUUACUAUUUGUGGCUUUUAAGUCAUUAGACAGUUAACAUUUGAUAGCUACAGUGACUUAAAUCUUCAGUGGUGCCAUCUAGGCUGCGCAAAACGACAGUGCUUAUCUCUCUGUGAUUUUUAGAUUGCUGUUUCCAAUUGCAAGUGGUUUAAAAAUAACCAGUGAUAAUAACUAUUAUCGUACAUUAACAAAUGUAACCGUAAUCCUAUUAUAUGUGUAAAUAAUAAUAAUAAAUGACAACAAAAUGGUUUUCAAGUCAAGAGUUUUAUUGUGUUCAAGUUAGUUUUUAUGUUGUAUUUAUUUUAAGAGUAAAACGUUAUAUUUUUACGUUAUAGGUAAAUGAUUUCCGAUGAUAGUAGUUACAAAAACGAUUUGAAUAGAUGUUCUAGAUUUCGAAAUUUCUGUUUUAAUUCAACAUUGAUAAUUUUAAAAGGUGAUGUUUUUAUAAUGAUAGCUUUCGACGCAGCCCAUUACAUAGAGCUUUAAUAUAGUUUACUUUUCAAAGUAUAAAUGUAUUGAUAUACAAAUUCGCUAUAUUGUAAAAGGUAAAAGUAAGCACAGAAUAACCCAAAAAUACGCGCAAAGUACAGUACCUACAUAGCUUGAGAUUACAAAUAUAAUAAUUAUAUUUUGCAGAGUUUAUGACUAAGUGAAUUUGUUAGAAUAAGUUCCUACGUUAUUCUAAAUGAACCUACUGUUAUUGCACAAAUCAUUUGUUGUAUGAUUUUAGUUUUAACUGAAAAAAGGAAGGAAUAAUAAACUGCAUUAUUUUUA